AUGGCAGGACGCCGCUCUAGCUACCCGUUCUCUUCCCUGAACCCCCCUGAGGACUCGGUCUCUUCCACUCCUAGGCCUUUCUUCCCACGGCGUACGACUGACGUGAAUGGCCGGAGUGUCGGUGAUGACCACGAGGACCGUGUCGAUGUUGAUGUCGAUAUUGAUAUCCAUGCUGUAGACGAUAGCCACAAUGCUACGUCCUCCGCUGCCUUUGUUUCCUCUGUAAUUAAUGGAUCUGCAGAAGACGAGACACCAGCUGCUGAUGGACCGAAGAAGCAGCUUGUUGAAUACCGGGAAAAGCUGAUUCGCGAUCUGGAGCAGCGGGAUGUCCCCGCCCAGGAACUGCAUCUGGGCCUGUCCGACAAGGGCCGUGUGGCCCCCAUUCUCGAAGAUGCAGUAUUGAAUUCUCCCUAUCCAACUUCGGCCUUCACCUCUACGUCGACUGAGUCUGGAAAUACAAUCCGAGGAGGCAUCACCCCGGCACCUGUUGCCAGUACCCCCUCAUAUCCUUUUCCUCGGAUGACUCUACCACCCGAAAGUCUUGGCCACUCAAACUCCCCUCAAUCUUCUACUGCCCAUAUAGGUUCUGCUCGCUUCUCCCAAACCUUGGCGUUCGAACACCGCGGCGUGCUCGACAGAGUCUUAUCAGAGACAUCGACCCCCGCUUCGACUUUGACCUUUCACCCAGGAGGCACCCCACAGCCCGAGAAUUUUGACUUUCCUACACCCAACCUCUAUGAUCUCUCGUUGAUGCUAUGCGCCGAGCCAGGACUUGAUGCCUGGUGGAGCACUGUCGUCCAGGUUAUGCGAGAAGUAUACAAGGCCGAACGUGUGACAUUAGCAGUCCCCGCCGAUACUACCGAUAUUGAAAACGUUCCAUGGGGGCAGAAGGCUACAUACAACGAACAUGAACAAGAUGAUCUAAGUCUAGAGUACCUGGCGAGGGGGACUAGCGUCAUGCAGAGCACGGAGAAUGAGGCUAAUGAUGAUACUCUUGCUGAAUCCGCCAUUGAAACGCCAUUAAACGGACCACAGCGACCUGCGUUUGCUAGUCGGCACUCGUUCACCAGUUUCGAAGAGAACAAGGAAAGGUCACAAGGCGGAGCAACGAUGGCACCUCAGCGUCCCAGCUACUUGAGAAGCCAAACUCAUUUCCCACCCAUCCAAACUGCAGCGGAACGGGAAAAUGACCACACAAAGCUUAAUAAAAGCACCUUAGAACAGCAUGACUUUCUUGAGGAAGAGCAACAGCAACAGCAGCCAAUCCCUAGCUGGGAGGCGCCUCUUGUGCCCAAGUAUGCUGGCCAGGGCAGAGUCCUUCCUGUCCUCCAGGCUCUUGACUAUGAAGCUGACCCCCUCAUUGAUCAUACUGGCAUCAUGAGAGUAUUGGAACGCGGGCGGCCUGUUGCCUUAACAAGAAACUAUCCCUACUUGGCUCCGGCAGCCCCGACUCCUUCAUCAUCAUUAGGGCAGGCCAGUGCUUUCAAAUCUGGUCCCAGGACACCUGGCCAAGAGCUGCCGCGGAAACCUAAAAAUAAGCGGUCAGACUCCGCGACCAAACUGUCAUCUAUCUUUGCCGGUCCGACCGGUGCUCGUGCGUCUGUCAGAACUAAGGUUCAUUUCGGCGACACGAUACUGGACGACGACAGCCCUAGACCACCUACGCCAAAGUAUGAGGAAUACGAACAAACUCCCCCUUCGCCAUGGUCACAAUCUCCAGCCCCGUCACCCGCAGUCAGGCCCGACCCGAAGGAAAACCCCUUCUUUACGGACGCCACCGUUGACGAAGAAUCGUUCAAUCCCGACCCCACGCCGACAGAUUAUACCACCAUGCGGCCUCCCGAAGCUAUUGGCGUUGAUCACUCUUGGACGGUUUUGCACAUACCUCUUUUUAACGUCGUAUUUUCUAAAUUACAACCGCGUUCUUUCAGGCUUGACGCCACGACGAUGCACCAGAAGUCACAGUCGCGAAGCAGCCAGUCGCCCGAGAGUACACACCGCCAACACUCUACGGAGCCUGAGAGCCAAAAAAAGGAUAAGCCUCCCCCAAUUGCUAUUUUGUCUAUUCUUAGCCCUGUUAUUCCGUACCCCUCCAACCUGCGGCACUCGCUAGAGCAUUUUGCACCGCACCUCGCCACUUCUUUUUCGCAGUGCCGACACUAUACCCAUCUUGAGACAGAACUUGCGGGUCUCAAACGAAGAAGACCAUCUACCGCUGGAUUUGGCGCAGUCUCGGCGUACGGGCGGCCUGUGGAAAGCUCCACAUAUCUCGCGGCAGAAGAGACGGCAGCUUUGCAGCAGUCUUUAGCUGGGAGCAUUACGAGUCCCAGCGACUAUUCUGGAAUCUCCAAGAGUGCGACUGGCUCUCCGAUUGGGACUCCUGGCUGGGAUCCAGGCUCUCUAGUCUAUCUAGCCGAAAAGCGUCAGCACGCGGCGAGCCCCGCAGGAGUCUCUCAAUCUUCAGGCAGCUAUUUCAGCAGUAAACUUGCGAGACAAGGUUCACAGCGGUCUCGGGCUGGAUCGAAAGAUGAUCCUACUGGAGAUGUGCGGCCCUCUCGUUUGUCCGGCAGCAAAGCUCCCCAGACUUCUCAAGCUGCCGCGAUAGACGUUGACGAGUUGACGGACACACACACUGGGAGCUCGGAGGAACCCAAUCAAAGGGACGUUCAUUCCCGGAAUAGCCUGGAUGGCAGCGUUGAUCUUGACCCCUUGUUGGCCGAUAGAUUUCCUGAACCGUCAAAAUUCGAAAUGGGUCCGUAUAAAGCAGGCCAUUCCCGGCUUCACAGCUACGGUGCGGACUUUGCUUCGACGUUCCAGUCUCUACCUCCUGGUUCCAGUCUACUUAGCCGGCCUACGUUAGCAUCUAGUGCAAGCGGUUUACCAAGAAGCAAUUCAUUCAUGGCUUCGGCUGCAGACAUGCCGCCCCCGUCUGAUAAAUUGAAAGGCCUCAUUCUAGACUCGCUACCCGCCCAAGUAUUCGUUGCGUUACCGCAUACGGGCGAGAUCGUCUGGGUAAACAGCCGUUAUCUGUCAUACAGAGGACAGACAGUGGCAGAUUUGUCUGCGGAUCCCUGGGGCAGCAUUCACCCAGAUGAACGUGAUGAGUAUCUCGCUGCCUGGAGUCGCUCGUUGCGGACCGGAGAGCAAUUUUCCAGUACUGUGAGAAUCAAGAGAUUCGAUGGCGUCUAUCGAUGGUUCUACGCUCGUGCUGUAGCUUCCAAAGACAAGCGAGGAGCUGUUGUGCAAUUCCUGGGGUCUUACUUGGACAUCCAUGAGCAGCGCAUCGCCGAGAUAAAGGCGGCGCGCCAGCAGGAGGUCGAGGCCUCGGAAGCGAAGCACCGCCUCUUGGCAAAUUUGAUACCGCAGAUCAUCUUCACUGCCACAGAGGAGGAUGGUGUGACCUUUGCAAACGAACAAUGGCUGUCUUAUACUGGCCAAAGUUUUGAAGACGCGCUGCGCCUAGGCUUCAUGGAUUUUGUUCACCCAGAAGACUUGGCUAGGUGCCGCAUUCCAUCUACACAGUUGGCGCAGUCAUCCAAUCGAAAGGGUAAUAGUGGUAGCUACGGGUCGAGCGACAACACACCCACGGGCGUGGCAAAGGAACGGCCAAAAGAGCCUCAAGGCCAUGAACGACCACCAAGUCAGCAAAUUGAUUCCAGUAGAGAGAAAGGCUAUCAACUCGCCAAUCCUGACCUGGCAGAGUUGGCUAGAAAAGGAGUCAUCAAAGUCGGAACUGAUUCGAACGGCCGGCCAUCAUACACAACAGAAGUCCGAUUACGUUCCAAGACAGGAGAGUAUCGGUGGCAUCUUAUUCGUUGUGUUGAGAUUGAUACCAUAGAUUUUGGCAGCGGCGCAAGUUCCUACUUCGGUUCUGCCACCGAUAUAAAUGAUCACAAGCUCCUUGAGGCCAAGUUGAAAGAGGCUAUGGAAUCAAAAGGCCGAUUCUUGAGUAACAUGUCUCAUGAGAUUCGCACUCCACUUAUCGGAAUAUCGGGCAUGGUAAGCUUCUUACAGGAAACCACACUCAAUGAAGAGCAACGCGACUAUACCAAUACCAUCCAGACGAGCGCAAACAGCCUAAUUAUGAUCAUCAACGACAUUCUAGACUUGUCCAAAGUGGAUGCCGGAAUGAUGAAGCUGCGAUACGAAUGGUUCCACACUCGUUCGCUCAUCGAGGAUGUCAACGAACUUGUCUCGACCAUGGCUAUUGCGAAGCGACUGGAGCUGAAUUACCUCGUUGAUGCGGAUGUCCCAGCGUGGGUCAAAGGAGACAAAGUUCGGAUUCGUCAGGUUCUGCUAAAUGUCAUUGGAAAUGCUAUCAAAUUUACAUCGGAGGGCGAGGUUUUCAGCCAGUGCAGAGUAUACACUGGUGAUGACGGAACGGCAGGACAAAAUGAAAUCAUGCUGGAAUUCAUCAUAACCGACACAGGUCGUGGCUUUUCAGAGGAGGAAAAAGCUCUCAUAUUCAAGCCUUUUAGCCAGAUCGACGAGAGCAGUACCAGACAGCACGGUGGCAGUGGGCUUGGCCUAGUUAUUUCAAGGCAGCUUGUCGAGCUUCAUGGAGGCAAGAUGGAAGGAACGGCUGUCAUGGGCGAGGGUUCAACGUUCACUUUUACAGCCUGUUGCGCGCUACCCACAAUGGAAGAUCAGCCUCCAAUGCCCAGCAGUCCCGGCUCAACAGCGACUGCCGUACCUCUGGCAGCAGCAGCAGAUGAAGCUGAGCGGCCCAGCGAUCCCACGGCGACCCUUCUACCGGCUCAGCACACGCACAGCGGAGAUGAGACUAUCCCUGCGAACGUGGAAUUCGUUUCCCCUGGAGGCGACUCAACUGGAAGCUCCAGCCAGUCUGCCCACUCUGGCCAAUCGCUCAUUACAGAUAGGUCAUCGAUAACGUCGAUGAACACGGGACUGGCUCGUUUCAGCGAGGCUGCCAAAGCUAGUGGCCAAGACCUGUCGCAAAUGAAGCUUGAGAUGCCAUCCGAUCGGAGCUCAGUAACACGAAGCGUGACGCCAGAGAAGCUACAAUCUGAAGCGUUCCGCCCACCAAUGUAUCUGAUACUGAUUAUUUGCCCCCAGACACACAGUCGUGAAGCAACUGCACAGCACAUUGAGAUGACCUUACCAAAAGAUGUACCUCAUCAGAUAACUGCUGUCGGCAGUGUCGAAGAGGCUGAAAAGUUUAUCGGAGGCGAUGACCCAAUCCGGUUCACUCAUAUUGUCAUCAAUCUAGGCGAAGCAGAGGCCGUCAUUAGUGUCAUGGAUCAAAUUACCAAAUCUCAAAAGAUGGACAGCACAAUGAUUUUGAUCCUCUCGGACUCUGUUCAGCGCCAGGCUGUGAUGAGAUAUGCGUCUGGAACCAAAUAUGAGAAACUCUUCUCAGACAAGCUGGUCAAUUUCAUCUAUAAGCCUGUCAAACCAUCACGCUUUGCUGUCAUCUUCGACCCGGAUAAGAUACGGGAUUUGAGCACGGACUGGAAUAGAUCCACCGCGCAGCAGAUGCUGGAGAGCCAAAAAGCUAGCUCCUUGGAUCUUCAAAAGCGUAUGGGCAAUAAGGGCUUCAGAGUUCUCCUGGUGGAGGAUAAUCCAGUCAACCAGAAAGUGAUGAUGAAAUUUCUCAAGAAAGUUGGCCUCGAUGUGGACAUUGCAGUAGACGGAGAGGAGUGCAUAGAGCGAGUUUUAUCGAAGCCGCAUAGUCAUUACUCUCUCAUACUGUGUGAUCUGCAUAUGCCACGCAAAGAUGGCUACCAGGCCUGCCGCGAAAUUCGCGAGUGGGAGCUGUUGGGUAGUUAUCCCGCGAUGCCCAUCAUUGCCCUUUCUGCAAACGUAAUGUCAGACGUCCAAGAGAAGUGCGUUGCAGCUGGAUUCAGCGACUAUGUGACGAAACCUGUGGACUUUAUUGAUCUCAGCAGAGCUAUGGCGCGAUUUUUUUAA